GCAAAGACGGACUUCUCCUGGAGCCCUCACAAAGUUUGCAAAGCGCAAAAACUCCUCACUUGUAGCCAGGCAGCCCUCCCUCUCUCCAAUCUAAGCUUUAGAGGUGAUACAGCCUUGGCAACGCUGGCACAACGUAUCGCCGCGCAAGAAAAGAGCAUUCCAGGACGCGGGAUAUUUUGACUGCAGUUUCCUAAAGACAAAAAUGAAACCUCAGUUAUUUGUCAUAGAGGUAGUAUUUCUGUGCGUAUCUUGCGGAGCAUGUGCACUGGGAACGAGUAUCCCUACUGUGUCCACGUCCUUGCCAGCCGCCAACUUCACCGAUCUUGGUGCAGCGCAGAGCUAUGGAACAGACACCACGACUAUUUCCAAAACCAGGAGGAAGCGUUAUAUCAGUCAGAAUGACAUGCUUGCCAUUCUCGAUUACCAUAACAAAGUAAGAGGGAAAGUCUUUCCCCCAGCAUCCAAUAUGGAAUACAUGGUGUGGGAUGACACUCUGGCUAAGACAGCCGAGGACUGGGCUCAUGCCUGCCUGUGGGAGCAUGGGCCACCUCACCUCCUCAGGUUCCUGGGUCAAAAUCUCUCCGUCAGGACAGGACGCUAUCGAUCCAUUCUUCAGCUGGUGAAACCAUGGUACGAUGAGGUCAAAGAUUACUCUUUUCCAUAUCCCCAAGACUGCAACCCUCGAUGCCCUCUCAGAUGCUAUGGACCCAUGUGUACACAUUAUACACAGAUGGUGUGGGCAACAUCCAAUAAAGUUGGCUGUGCUGUCCACACAUGCCACAAUAUUAAUGUAUGGGGUGCGGUAUGGAAGCGGGCAACAUACUUAGUUUGCAACUAUUCACCUAAGGGUAACUGGAUUGGAGAAGCUCCAUACAAAGUAGGCGUGCCCUGCUCUGCCUGUCCUCCCAGCUACGGGGGCUCCUGCAGCAACAACAUGUGCUUCCCUGCUCUCAAGACAAACUACCUGCACUGGUUCAAAUAAACACAGGUUUCCUCCUGACAUAAGCUGACAACCUAUAGUACCACAGAGACAUUAUUUUAAUCCCGUAAGGAUUUGCACAACAGUCAUGGACCACACUAUUUUGUAUAUAUGGGCUUAUUUAAAGACACAAACAUACAUUUGAAGGCAGCAGACAAUUUAGUGUUGAUGACUUGUAAAUAAACUGUAAAUUAAUUUGUUACUAUUUUAAUUGAUGAAUAUAAUUUAUAUGUAAAAUGGGUCCUUAAACACAGUAUAUACUGUAUGUGGUGCUGCAUAUACUUUUGUUUUUACUAUAUUUGUUUACCACUGACAGUGUGGUAAUUAAGGAGAUAACACCAUCAUAGCUGCUCAAACCUGCUCACUUUGGUGCUAUGGGCAUCACACCUUCAUGUUGUGUGCUCUGCCCUCAGAGGAAUGUUGUGAUAUAAAGAUCAAAGCUUUUGACCUCAGAGGGAAAACCUACACUGGCGGUGUCAGCUUCUUAUCUGCUGUAGAUCCUUGCAGUAGGUUACAAACUUCAUACUCAAGUCUUUUUCAAUUUCCAUUUCUAUCUUGGAACAAAUUGGCAAAAUAUUUGUUGACAAAAGUGCACUUACUGUAACCAAAAAGUGUAUAACAGCCAUAUACAAAAGGAAUUUACAUUAAUAAGACAGAGAUGUCUUCAUUUCACAUACACUUCUGUUGUCAAAAGUUUGUUUCUUCAUUUACACAGUGCAUUUGUAGUUUUAAUCUGCACUGACUAGGUUGUGUUUCAUUACAAACAUUUUAUCCUUUGGGGGAUUUCACAGAUUUCAUUUCACAUAAUAUUUAUGCUAGAGAGCGCACAUACAAUAAAUGUGACCCACAUAUCUGUUCUAUAAUCACAUUUGUUAUGGAGUAUAUUGGUAUACCAUAUAUCAAUAUAUAUAAAUGUCUUGGGACAUUGGACAAAUGCAGUGUUCGUAUGUUGUAAUGAUAUUUUCACUGAUGUUGUAGCUAAGGUUUUGGACUUUGGCACUCAAGUGCACCUUAAUUGUUUGUAAAUUUCCAAAAUACCAGGAAAUUAUUAUUUUUUUGUACAUGUAGAUAAUCAUUACACAUUGACUAUCCUUAAACUUCAAGUAUUCUAUAAGUUAUUCAUUUUUAUAUGGGAAAGUAUUUAAUUGAUAGUAAUUUUUUAUUGUUAUGUAAAAGAAUUGUACAUAUAUCUAUACAACUUAAAGGUACUUUAUAUGGUUCAUUUGCAUGUCAACUUUUAUGAUGGUGAAGGAAAUUUACCAUUUAUAAUGUAAAUGAACUUGGUAGAUUUAUAUGAACUAAGCACUAGCACAAUACUGUAUUGGCAAGUAAUUGCUUCAACCCCUUUGACCUGGCAAAUGGAUCAGAAUUCCUUUUCAAAUCAGAACAGUUUCUCAGUACUAUCCAUCACUGAGACGGACUUAAGUACAUAUCUGCAGUGUAAUGAAAAUAUAUUCAAGAAGACACAAAAAUGUUGACUUUGUUUAAAAAAAAAAAAACUUUAGCGGGAAAUUAUGCAUUACAAAACAAGAAAUUACAAGUUCCACACUGAUAUCAUUUAAAUCAACAUCCACAACAAGCUAUUUAUGCAGUGAACUGCGUUUUUCUUUUUGUGUUUUGCAAAA